CUUUGACACGUGCAGGAAUAUAAAGCCUGAAUCCGUAAAAUAUAGUCCUUUCAGACACAGUUCAUGCCUCAAUUAACAUUCCGAAAGGGGAUGGGCAUGGGCGUAACCAAGGACAUUAUAUAGGGACCUUGGUGUAACACAGUUUUCCUAAGCUUCAGCAAGGAGGUUAAAAUCCUAAAGCAGAGAGGCUGACGAAAAUUCAACCUCCUUGUUCCCUGCGCAGGGAAGACUGUAAGCCAUUUAGAAUCCCUGAGAAGGAUCAUCUUCCACCAUGCAUCUCAAAAGCUUGGCAGCAAGUUUUGCAACCAGGAUAUCCCAGCAGAGUGCCUCUGUAUCCAGGAACAUUACCGCACAACGUUAUGCCCACAUGCAAACUUUUCCAAAGCUCUGCAGCAUCAGACAUGCACGGUUACUGACUCCGACACAAAGCGUACUUGCAAGUCGUACAAGAUUGUUGAGCACGUCUACUUGUGUGAAGUCCAGGUCUCACAUAGAGAAGAAGGCAACAGGAGUCCCUGUCUCUGUGACCAAGUUUGUGCAACAUGAGGACCACCUAGAGCUGGAAGUUAAAGGGGCCAAACUCAAGCUGAACUACGUCUGGCUAAGGGACCAUUGCAGGACUGGAGACAGUAUCAACCACCUAACCCAGCAGCGUAUGGUGGACACUUUCCUGAUCGAGCCCGACAUUCAGCCGGUAAAUGUGGCUAUCCAAGAGGGAACACUGAACCUUACAUGGCCUGAUGGCCACCAAUCAGAGUACGAGCUGGACUGGUUGCUUAGCAACACCUAUGAAGGGAAGCAGCACAUCCAGACAACCUGGGAGCCCCUGCUGUGGAACGUGGAAACCCUGUCAGCUUCUCCCAAACCCAGCGUCUUGUACCAGGACUAUCUGUCAGAUGAUGAACAGCUGGCCAAGUUGCUGCACUACCUGUUGAAGUACGGCUUUGCAUUUGUGGAAGAAGCUCCAGUAACACUGGAAGCAACAUUGGCGGCAGCCGAGAGAAUCUGUCAAAUCCGGGAGACGUUCUUCGGUCGUUUCUGGUGCUUCACCUCUGACCUGGAGCGACACGACACGGCGUACACAGCGGAGGCUCUAGGAGCACACACGGACACCACGUACCUGAACGAACCGUCAGGUGUGCAGGUCUUCCACAAAAUGGAACAUGUAGGCGAGGGAGGAGCCACGCUGCUCGUUGAUGGCUUCCAUGCGGCUGAGCGGCUACGGCGGGAAGAUCCGGAGGGCUUUGAUAUCCUGUCGUCUGUGUCAGUCCCACACCACUACCUGGAGCCUGGAGUACACACUACCGGGGUGGGACCUGUACUGGAGCUAGAGCCAGGGGCUGGCAAGGAGCUCAAGCUGAUCAGGUACAACAUGCAUGACAGAGCAUGUCUGGACACUGUACCAAUGGAGGAUGUCAGUCGCUGGUACUCUGCACUUAGGAAACUCACCAGGUUCAUCAGGGAUCCAGCCUCCGAAUACUGGGUCCCUCUCAAACCAGGUCAAAUCUUGCUGACUUAUAACUGGCGGGUCCUACACGGGCGAUCGGCCUUCACGGGGCGACGGAGGGUCUCGGGCUGCUACCUGCCCAGGGAUGAUGUCAUCAGCAGGGCAAGGGUUCUCAAGGUCAUAUAACAGAAUGUCAAGGUCAUACAGAAGAAAGACCGUAGAACAACUGAAUAAGAUUCUGGAGAAUGUACGUUGUAUUGUUACUGUUUAGAUAAGUAACAAAAAUAUGCUACAUCAGAAUGAUGUAAGUCUAGGCACAAGAUUUUUUUUCAAAGUUGUUUUUUCAGAUGUUCUUUUUCU